GUUUGUUUUUACUUGUCUUAUCUAUUUAUACUUGAAGUAAUGAUAGUACUGAACUGUUUUAUACUUCUUGUGCUCUUUUAUCCAAUCCAUCACUGGAUUUUCAACUCUUUGCAGUGAAUACACCACGACGUCUCAUCAUCUGGCGAUUACGUUUCACCAAACUAAUCCCUCUUAAAUAAUUACUCUUAAAACCUAAAUAUUAUUAAUUAAUGGUAACCAUCUACGUGGCUAUAAAUUAUUUACUUUUUAUUUCACAGUGGCAAAUACGAAUCCAGGUACAGGUUCAAAUAAAAAUCUCAGCUUCAUUAUUCAUUAGUAAAAUCUUCGGCUACGAAUACUUCCGCGAUCCUCAGUCUGUCUCGUGUUACUCGUAAAUAUUCAUCGGGUUCAGGAGUAAAACAAUCGCUGGAAUGUGUACAAAUUAAACAUUAAAUCCUACGAUUCCCUUCAUCUUCCUUCAAACUCUCUCUGUUUUAUUGUCUCUGUCUAAACGAAGAUGAGCCUUGUAAAAGAUAAGUAAAAUAUCUUCAGUUUGUCGACAAAAGUCACGAGAAUCGUCAGUGUGGGAUGGACUUUGGCUCUUUCUUCCCCAAGUUUUCUUCCUGUUACGCCCACAUCACAACCGAAAGCUUAACGCAUUUUAGCGGUUUCUGUUAGAUUUGUAUAGUACAUUAGUGAAAUAAAGCCUAUAAAUGUAUUACAGAGCAGCGUGUUAGGAUGUGAUAUCAUGCUGUCUGUGUUACUUAUCUUCGGAUAUGCCGCCGUCUUCAUGGUGCCCGUGUUAUCGUGUCAACCAAAGGAGUAUAAAACAAAUGGUGGACAGUGCUGCCCGACGUGCAACAAAGGUAGAGUUGUUCAGAGAGACUGCACAGCAUUUUCAGGAACUCAGUGCCGUUCUUGUGAGAUGGGGACCUUUAUGAACCAACCCAACGGCCUGUAUAACUGUUUCCCCUGCACUGCCUGUGACACAGGUCAUGGUCUCUUUGUCAAGCAGAACUGUACAGCAACAACUGACACAGUGUGUGAUGUUUUAAAUGGAUAUUACUGCAAAGGUUUGAUAGACAGUAACGGAUGUAGUUUGGCAGAGAAACAUUCACAGUGUGAAGCUGGUCAGAGGAUAAAAGAACCUGGAACCAGCAGAAGUGACACAGUGUGUGAAGACUGUCAGCCAGGCUUUUUUUCCAAGGACGGUGUGAACUGCACAGGUUGGAAAACUUGCUCUGAGAGCCAGAUUAAAGUUGAAGAAGGAAACUCAACCAGUGACGUUGUCUGUAGAAGCGCAUCAAGACAUCGUUACUUUUUUAUUUCAUCUGUUGUGCUUUUCCUAAUAAUAGUAAUUUGCCUUGUGACAACAGGAUUUGUGAAAGCAAGUUUUUUCAGGAAACCAGAUAAGAGCAGAAAAUAAUUGCUCGGGGACUACCGAUGAUGCCUGAGAAAGCGGACCUCAUGUUCGCCAUCUCUCCUCCAUUUUGCUAGCAGGAUUGAUGUCCUGACAUCGAUGAUGGCUUCACCUGGUUCGGGACUCACUGUCCAACGUGCCACUUACACAGAUGUGCACAGCUGUUUAAUCAAAGUGAUGCUGCAGUCAUAUGUUGAGGGUGCUGACCAGCCAUCACCAAUUUCUCUGCUCGAUGCUCGCUCCACAAACCACUUAUUCUAAAUGAUCUCUUCAUCAAGGAGUCUCCAGACUUCAUGCUCCUGACUGAGACAUCACAGCAGGACAUGGAUCAUGUUUAUUUUGAGGAGAUCUGCACAGCUGGCAUUUCCGUCAUUGUAACUGGGUGUCUUUGGGGAUGUGGCAGAGGACUUUCUGCUGUGUACCAGUGUUCCCUUAUUAUCACAAUAAGGGCACACCUUCGCUCACAAUAAAAGAAAGAAAAACCAAAGUUCACAGAGGGUAAGUUCUCACACACAUACACACAAAGGCCCGCUGCCCAAAACUCUACAGCUCACAGCUCUGGCAACAUGGGGAAAAUGGCAGGAGGUGUGGCAGUUUAGGAUGGCAGCCUAUAUGCCGUGGCUGACGAGCUGGAACACACCUCAGCUGCGGCUCAUGAGGCAGACCUGCAACACAAGAAAAAAGGAGAAAAACAACUCUUCGACAGAGGGAGAGCCACUAGAGGUCAGCGACCGUAACAACCAGCACAGACUCACAUGCAGGCUGAUGAAGUCAGACUCUAUUUCUUCAUUUAAGUUACAGAUGAUUAGGGUCGGUUCUUUGAAAACCUUUUAUUGUAUUUCAGUCUACCGACCUCCUGGUGUUGCCAGAGCAUUUUCAGCUGAAUUCGGCGACCUUUCAUCAUUUAUCAUUACAUUGGGGAAGGUUGUAAUACUGAGAUAUUUUAACCUUCAUAUCGAUGGAUCCUGUAACUCAGCUGCUGAGUCUUUGAACUUUAAGCACCAUGUUUCUGGCUCCACACAUAUAAAAGGCCACACGCUGGAUCUUGGGUCUUUCUCCCUGGGUUUAAAAACAAACGAUGUAUGUGUGAAAAAUGUACAUGUGACAGACCACAGCUGUAUAUUUUUUAGUCUGUCAUUUGUUCUGGAUCCUUCACUUCAGAAAUUGAUGAUUCAAAGGUGGAUUAUAAAUCACAAUCCUGCUGAGAGGGUCCCUGCCUUUUUUGAUGCCAACAUUACUCAUAGUGAAGUUCACACAUUUAUUUUGUCCUUUAACAAUGAAUGUAGGUCUACUUUUGACCCACUAAAAGAAAGAAUUGUCCAAUAUUCAAGUUUUUGUACUUGGAAAAAUGAACAUAUUUAUUAUUUUAGGAGGUAUUUGUACAAGUUGGAACAUUUGUGGAAGGCGUCCAAGCUCCAGCUUCAUGAGUUACAUGUUAAAGAAUCAGUUUUAUCAAAAAAUGCCAGAAUAGACUAUUUUUCACAUCUUAUUACUUCAGAAAAGAAAACUACAAUUAACAAUUUUUUCUCUCACAAUCUUCCUCACAUACCAGUGUUUUUAAAGUCUGAGUGCAUUAAGUUUUUGCACUGUUUUAUAAUUAAGCUAAUGAUAAACAGGCUUAAGGACAAGUUUGGGUUUACUGGUGAUGUUUUAAUAUGGCUCAUGUCAUAUCUAUCUGGGAGAUCUUUUAGUGUUUUUAUGAAUUCAGUUAUCUCUGAAACAACAGUUGUUCCUUCUGGGAUACCUCAGGGGUCUGUUUUGGGUCAGAUUCCUUGUCUGCUUCAUGUGCUCCCUCUGGACCGAAAUAUUAGAACUCAUUCAUGCUGUGCAGAUUCUGCUAACCGUUUAAAAGAGCUGCAGAACACAUUUUUGUUCAAAGCUUGGUAUUUUAUGUUGUAUUAUAUCUUUAUGAUAUGUUAUCCUUUUCUUUCUUGUAUAAUUGUGAGGCAGUUUAUUUGUAAAAAGUUACAAAAUGUAAAUAAAUUUUACUUACUCUCCUCUCUACUA